AUGCCUCAACCACAUGUACACUCCUUCUACCGAACCUGGUUCACCACCGUGGAUCCAAUCGUCCUCUUCUUCACGGUGCUCACAUGCAUCUUCUCUCCCGCUACCAUCCUCGAGACAGUCGUACCGCGUUCCAUUGAGCCUUACAAUCCACUGACCCACGGACCGCUGCUUCACCAAGCCGCUGCGUUGUACGGCUUCUGCGGUAUCAUCUACGGAGUGCUGUUGCGCGCUUCGCCCGAUCCCAAGGUAUGGAGGAUUGUCCAGGCAGCGACGCUGGGCGUUGAUAUCUCGCUUCUUGCUACGCUGUAUAAUCUGCUCAGGCUACAGGGCAGAACCGAUUUGAGCACCUGGCAUGGCGGAGACUGGUUCAAUAUGUUGUUCACUGUAUGGGUGGCGCUCAUCAGGAUUGCGUUCUUACUGGAAAUUGGUGGGAGUGAAGACAAAACGAAGAAGGCGCGUUGA